AUGCCUGCCCGCAAAGCUCUCAUCGCCGUCACUUCUGCCAGUGCCUCGCUUUUCAAUGGCAAGGAGACAACUGGCCUAUUUAUCACUGAAGCUCUGCACCCAUUCAAAGCACUCGUUGCAGCUGGAUUCGAGGUUGAUCUCGCUUCAGAGACAGGCACUUACACCCCAGACUGGCUCUCUCAACAGCCAGACUUCCUGAAUGGCGCUGAUCUCGAUAUGUGGAAUGACACCAACAGCGAUUUCCGCAAGAAGCUUGACAACAUGCCGAAGGCUUCUGAGCUUGACGGCUCCCAAUACGGGCUCUUCUUCGCAUCUGCAGGACACGCAGCCUUGAUCGAUUACCCUAAGGCAAAGGCCCUUCAAGAAAUCGCAGAGCAGGUUUGGGCUAAUGGCGGUGUGGUAGCAUCUGUCUGUCAUGGUGGUGCUAUCUUCUCGGAUAUCCUUGACCGUGCGACUGGAGAGCCAAUAGUCAAAGGAAAGAAGGUUACCGGGUUCACAACUGAGGCGGAAUACACCAUGAAAAUCAUGCCCGAACUGCGCGGAUGGGGAUCCGAGAUGAUGGAUGAGGUCGCAACUCGCUUGGGUGCCACAUACGAGCGUUCUGAUGGUAUCUGGGAUGACUACCACGUUGUGGAUGGGCGCCUUGUCACUGGCCAGAACCCUGCCAGUGCCGCCUCGACCGCGAAGGCUGCUAUUGAGGUCUUUGACAAGCUCUAG